AUGCAGAUCAAUGCCUUUUCAGUCACUAUAGUGGAAAAUGGGGUCACAGAGUUCUUGCAGGAUUGGGCUGACAUGCUUCUCAGGAUGUAUGUGAGAUGGGGAGAGAAGCAGCGAUACAAAACCAAAGUAGUAGAGAAAUCUAUGGGAGAAGAAGCUGGGAUUAAGUCAGCUACAAUUGAACUAGAAGGCCAGUAUGCAUAUGGGUAUUUGUCUGGAGAGAAAGGAACACACCGUAUUGUGCGACAAUCUCCGUUCAAUGCAAAAGGCCUUCGUCAGACAAGCUUUUCUGGUGUUGAAGUCAUGCCUCUUCUUCCCGAUGAGUCCAUGGAUGUUGAAAUACCUGAAGAAGACCUGGAAAUUAGUUUCUCCAGAGCAGGUGGGAAAGGAGGCCAGAAUGUGAACAAGGUUGAAACUGCGGUUCGUAUUACUCACAUUCCCACCGGUGUUACUGUUCGUUGCACAGGUUCUUUCUCGAACUGUUUUUCUUUCUUGAGAAUUGUUUAUAUUGGUACAUUUGGUUUUGUUUAUAGGGUGGUUUAUAUUGGUACAUUUUCUCUUAACACAAAGAAGCAUGAUUUGGCAAUUAUUUCAGUUGGAUUAAAAUUCCAGUGCUAUCAAGUAGAUGUUUCCCUGUUUCUAGAGACAAGCUUUUCUGGUGUUGAAGUCAUGCCUCUUCUUCCCGAUGAGUCCAUGGAUGUUGAAAUACCUGAAGAAGACCUGGAAAUUAGUUUCUCCAGAGCAGGUGGGAAAGGAGGCCAGAAUGUGAACAAGGUUGAAACUGCGGUUCGUAUUACUCACAUUCCCACCGGUGUUACUGUUCGUUGCACAGGUUCUUUCUCGAACUGUUUUUCUUUCUUGAGAAUUGUUUAUAUUGGUACAUUUGGUUUUGUUUAUAGGGUGGUUUAUAUUGGUACAUUUUCUCUUAACACAAAGAAGCAUGAUUUGGCAAUUAUUUCAGUUGGAUUAAAAUUCCAGUGCUAUCAAGUAGAUGUUUCCCUGUUUCUAGAGGUAGACAACUUAAACAACUGA